AUGGCAACAAAAUUGCAAUCAUUAGAGGAUGUGACUCGAAUGGUAGGCUCUGUGGUGAGAAUAUUAGGUGGAAAUCCAGGAAAAUUCACCCUACAAGGUACAAAUACAUACUUGAUCUCGAGGCCAACUCAAUCAGAUGAGAACUCCACAGAAGCGAUCAACUGUAUCCUAAUAGAUACAGGUGAAGGCAAAGAAGGUUAUAUCGAUCGACUUAAGACAAUCUUAUUGGGAAAAGAUCCUCGAGUAGGCCCUUCCAAAAGGGUGAUUACCGACAUUGUGCUAACGCAUUGGCAUCAUGAUCACAUUGGAGGCUUGCCUUCAGUCUUGAAGCUACUCCAGAGCUUAGAUCAUCAACCUCCCAAAAUACAUAAGUUCUCUGACAAUUCAGUCGAUCAUCAUAUAUUGGACUUAUUGAAGGAUUCCGGGAGUGGAUUUACUUCCAAAUCAUCUGGAUCACCUCUGCAUUUUCUCAAAGAUGGCGACAUACUACACACUACUCAAACUUCAUCCCAACCUAAUUCGCUGCGAUCCUUGCAAGUCAUUCAUUCACCUGGACAUACUUCCGACCAUAUCUGUCUUCUUCUCAAAGAAGAUGGCAUUUUGCUAACGGGUGAUCAUGUUUUGGGUCAAGGAACAAGUGUAUUCGAAGAUUUAGGCGCUUAUUUGCGUAGUCUGAAGACAUGCAAGAGAAUUCUUGAUGAACAAAAAGAUGAUUUGGAUGAUUCUGUUUCAACAAAAGGUCAUUUAUAUCCCGCACACGGUCCGUCAAUUGUCGAUGGCACAGGUACUUUACAAGAAUAUUUGGAUCAUCGGAUACAACGUGAAAAUCAAAUUCUAGAUCUCUUGAAGCAACCUGCACCUUCUGCAUCUGAACAUGAUUCGCAAAAAGCUUCAUCAUUCUGGACAAUUCCUGAUAUCGUUUCAAAGUUGUAUAGCGAUUAUCCAGAAAGCUUAUAUCCUGCUGCAGCUAGAGGGAUAUUCUUACAUUUGCAGAAAUUAGCUUUACCUGACCCCGAAGCGGAUGAUAAUGCUCAGUCAGAAGGUCGAAAAGUUUAUUGUUGCGAUCGUGACAACAGAGAGAGUCAGAUUACUUUAAAUCUACCGCAAGAUGACCAAUCUUGGCAUCGAGCGAUGGAAUUACGGUGGUCAUUGGUAGGAAAUGGACUUCCUCACAACAAAAAUCAAGCUACCUUAUAA